UUCUUUUGACAGCAAAUUUGUUUAUCAGCAAAGAGGGCUUGGACCAAUUGAACAGAACACAAUUCUUGUCCUGAAUCCAAGUAAUGCAAACCUGCUUCAUUCCACAGGAAGAAGUCUAUUUUAUUUACCGCAUGGUUUGAGUAUAGAUAAAAAUGGUAACUACUGGGUUACUGAUGUAGCUCUCCAUCAGGUUUUCAAACUGGGAGCAGAUGACAAAGAACCAUCACUGACCUUAGGAGUGGCUUUGCAACCAGGCAGUGACAAAAAUCAUUUCUGUCAACCAACUGAUGUGGCCGUGGAUCCAAUCACUGGCAGCGUUUACGUCUCUGAUGGCUACUGCAACAGCCGAAUUGUUCAGUUCUCUGCAGCUGGGCUGUUCCUGAGGCAGUGGGGGGAAGAGACUUCUUUAGCCAGAGCCAGGCCUGGACAGUUUCGUAUCCCUCACAGCUUAGCCUUGAUCCCUGACUUUGGUCAGCUGUGUGUUGCAGACAGGGAAAAUGGCCGAAUUCAGUGCUUCAGGUUAGAGACGGGAGAGUUCGUAAGCGAGAUCAAGCACAAAUCGUUUGGAAGAGAGUUGUUUGCAGUUUCAUAUGUUCCAGGUGGUCUCCUCUUUGCAGUUAAUGGAAUGCCUUAUCCUGGAGAGGCAGAACCAGUGCAAGGAUUUGUGAUGAACUUCUCUACUGGAGAAAUAAUUGAUACUUUCAUUCCUCUUAGAAAGAGCUUUGAGAUGCCACAUGAUGUUGUUGCUUCACAAGAUAAAAUAGUAUUUAUUGGAGACGUUCAUGCCAGAGCAGUGUGGAAGUUUGCAUCUACAGAAAAAAUGGAGCAUCGGUCAGUUAAAAAGGCUGGUAUUGAGGUACAGGAGAUAAAAGAAUCAGAAACAAUUGUAGAAGCCAGAUUGAAAAACAACCCAGAAUCAACAGACCCUCUAAAGAAGCAGGAAAAACAACAUAUGGUCCAACAGGCCAGCACUGGAGUUUCCUUUGUUCUUAUUACAACUCUUCUAGUUAUUCCUGUUGUUGUCCUUCUGGCAAUUUUAGUAUUUAUGCGGUGGAGGAAGACGACUGUCUAUGGAGAUGAUGGGGAACACAAGCUUGACUCAAGUUCAGGCAGAAUUUUAGGCAGACUCAGAGGGAAAGGUGGUGGUGGCCUUAAUCUUGGGAACUUCUUUGCAAGUCACAAAAACUACAGCCGAAAAGGGUUUGACCGACUGAGCACUGAAGGAAGUGAUCAAGAAAAAGAUGAAGAUGAUGGCACAGACUCAGAGGAAGAGUGUUCAGCACCUCCACUCCCACCAGCACCUUCAUCAUCCUGAAACCAGCCUUUGAGUUCUCCAUUAUAUGCUUCAAUCCAGAAUGUCAGAUUCCUUUUCCCUCAAGCACGUUUAAGGUUUUGUGUACUUAAUUGCAAACUCUACUAGUCUGUGUGGGACUGUACACUGGUUCCUUUAAUUUUUUGUUUGGUUUUAGUUCUGUUUUUUAAGUAGAGGAGUGUAUGGAAUUUCCAUAUCAGUGCAGUUGUUUUUGUGUGAGCAUCUUAAUAAAGCAAACCGUCUUCUAUUUGCAGCACUGAUUUAAAGCAGUAGUAUUUCUUCAUCUAAAUUUGGGGAUCUUGUAAAUAAGUCUUACUAUCUGCUUCAUCAAAAUAUUUUUCCCAUAAGUAUUAAGUUGCCAAUUUCUGUUUUGUGCCUUUCCUCUUCAAUGUCCUUAACCUGUUGCAGUACAGAGAAAAUGCAGUGCCACAAGAAAAUGAAGCUGCUGAAUCUUCUAUUUUUUUAAAAUCACUAACAUAUUGCAUUGAAGGAAAGAAAAAAGUCUCUAUUUAUUUUUUUUUCCUUCUUAAUUUGAUGUGUUUCUGGGAUGUCUUAUUUUUAGAUGGUAUCACUGUUAGAACACUAUUUUCAGAAGCUGAAUGUAAUUUGUGUAAUAAAGUAUUCGCAGAGCA